AUGCAAAUCAAGCAAUGGAAAGACAAGAGUUUGAGAUCGUACGUGGCCCGAUUCAACAAAGAAACCCUACUAAUAGACGAAGCAGAUGAUAUGGUCCUUGUAACAGCUUUCUCUAGUGGGCUCAAAGAAGGAGAAUUCCUCUUCUCAGUGCUGAAGACCAUGGCUGAUAUGCUUUUUAAAGCCACCAAGUACAUGAAUGCAAAAGAUGCACUGAUUGCUCGUAAGGACGAAAAAGUAUCACUUGGUCCUAUCCAUUAUUGCAAGCCAAAAUACCAGCUAGCAGAGAAGUACAAGCUUAUAUUGACCUCUGAGUUCAUCAAAGAUAGCAGCAAGGUUAUAGACGAAUUAUACAAGAAGAUUGAGGACAACAUCAAGGAACUGAGGGAAUGCUAUGAGGAGGAGGCGACUAAAGACUAUCCUGAUAAGGCCCUCGCUUGGAUUUUGUUUGUGGAUGGCUGUGCAAUACUACAAUACAUAUACUGCGCUACUACUAACAAGUUCAAAGAUUUGAAUAUAAAAAACGACUGUGCAGCCCUUGGACAACAGGAUUUGUUUUUGCUAGAGAACCAACUUCCUUAUCGUCUCCUGAAACAAUCAAAGGCACAUCAAGCAGAAAGCAAGAAAGGGGAGAGCCUUCAUUCAAUGGAGAUCCCACAUGAACAAAGAUUAUCAAUGGAUGGAGAGUCGAAGCCCAUCCAUCUUCUCCACCUUCUGAGGACAACUCUCUUGGAUAAUCUAAAAAAGGUUAAUAACAGCAGCCCAAACAAUUCAAAGAAGCAAGAUUGGCAAUCCUAUCGCAUCGUGAAGGACCUUAAAAAUGCAGGGAUCUGGUUGAAGCCUAAAACUACCUUCUUAAAUGACAUUUCUUAUAAUCCUUCAUGUUUCAUUGGAUAUCUUAACCUUCCUAAGAUUUCAGUGGACAACUCAACAGGACAAAAGUUCUUCAACUUGAUGACCUUUGAAAUGUGUCCGGACUUUGACAACAAUUUUGAGAUCACUUCUUACAUAUGCUUCCUUAAUUCACUCAUGAUUCAUGCUGACCAUGUUAUGGAGCUAAGGAAAGCGGGGAUACUCCACAACUUCCUUGGCAGCGAUCAGGCAGUGGCUAAACUCUUCAAUGAGCUUGGCACCAACUUGGUUCCAAACCUCAACAUAUAUUCAGAUGUAAGGGCAGACAUCCACAAGCACCAUUGA